CACUCCAGCGUGGUGCUGACUAGACACAGUAGAGCUAUAGUAAGGCAUAGAUGUAGAGGAAGGUACGUACAGAGGAUGAGAUGACACAACCAAGCUAUGAGAGUAUAUCUUAAGGAGGUGGUGUUGUGAGUCUAUUAGAUACUGCUGGUGUGUGAUGGCUGCUGCUACUGGGGCUAGUGAAGGCAGUGUAUAUGACAAGCUCACUACCUCACAACUCAAGCACCUUAUAGCUGGGGGAGUGGCAGGGGGCGUGUCCCGUACCUCUGUCUCCCCUUUGGAGAGAAUGAAGAUCCUCUAUCAGAUCCAGGUGGAGAGUGUACAAGAGCAGCGGAGGUUCAAUGGACUAGCCUCAGCACUGGCAAGGAUAGGACGUGAGGAAGGGAUGGUUGGUUACUUCAAGGGCAAUGGGACCAACGUGGUGCGUAUUGUACCUUAUGCUGCUGUACAGUUUGCUGCCUACGAGGAGUUUAAGAAAUUGUUGGGUGUUCCUGAGGACCCGCGUAAGCAGAGGCCACUCAAGCGUCUGUGUGCUGGUGCCCUAGCUGGCCUCACUUCAGUCACAGCCACUUAUCCACUGGACCUCAUCAGAACAAGACUCAGUGCUCAGAUAGAGAGCCACCAACACAGGAAAUACAAGAGUAUUCGUCAUGCCUUCCAGACAAUUCUAAAAGAGGAGGGUGGUUUCUGGAGCUUGUAUCGUGGCAUCUUCCCUACUCUCACUGGGAUAGCACCUUAUGUGGGUCUCAACUUUGCCUGUUAUGAAACCCUCAAAGGUUAUGUGCUAUCAUACUUGUUGGAUGAGACUGAUCAUCGUGACCAAGUCGUGUUGGAUGAUGAGUUGCCAGUCCAGUGGAAGCUCAUGUGUGGAGGGCUCUCUGGGGCCAUAGCUCAGUCAGUGACCUACCCACUGGAUGUUUUGAGACGCCGCAUGCAAAUGAGUGGGUUUGACUCGCAACGUUAUCCCUAUAAAAACUCUUUCCAUGCUAUCAGCACAAUGUACAAGACGGAGGGGAUGAGAGGAUUCUACAAAGGCAUGCUCCCUAACCUGCUCAAAGUGGCCCCUCUGGUGGCCAUCACCUUUGCCACGUAUGAGUUCACUAAAGCAAGACUGUUUGGUGUUCCAUUGAACUGGAGAUAACAUUUCAUUCAAUUUACUUUAUAACAAUAAUUAUUAUUAUGAAUCAUGUUUCACGUUUGUACAAUAAUUUAUUUACGUAACAAUUGA